AUGGUUGCAGGAGAAUGCAAGAAAACGCCAGUGGAUGUUCUGUUCUUGGUCGACAUUACCACGGAUAACAAUAAGGUAUUCGAGGCACAACAGAAGAAAAUUGUCGAAACGAUUCGGCAUUUGAGUGGAAGUGGAUUUGUAAGCGAUGCACGAUUCGGAAUUAUUGUUUUCAAUCAGCGACCGCUUCUGCUCGUGCCAUUGACGUCUCCACGAGCCAAAGUUCUUGAACGAAUGAUCACUGAAGUUGCGAAAAUCAAAGCACGACGCAAUCUUGAGACGUCACCAGCAAGAGCGUUCGAUCUUGCUGCCACUCAUCUGAACGCGCACAAGCGAGACGAUGCAAAACGUUUGGUUAUGCUCGUACAUAACGGACACUCAACUGAUCUGAUCGCUGAAACCAUGGAAUCAAGGUAA